AGUAUAUGUUAUCAAAUAAAUAAAUAAAAACAAUCAGGAUGGGUCUAAUUUCAUUAACCCGAAACAGCCUGCAAUUCAUCAUCUCCCUCUCAGGUUCGCUUGAAGACGCUAUGACCUGAUUUCAAAAUCUCAUCUUCAAAACUUUAAAGGGUCUCUAAUGGAUGAAAUGGAAAAUGAGUAUGCUUUCAGCUCUGAACACAAAGUUGACAGUGACAAUAAUAUCUAUGGUGAAAUAAAGGAAGAAAUUGAGACAGAUGAGGAGGUUAAUAGUGAUAAGAGUGGCGCUGCUGAAUUUGAGUUAGAUUCCUUUUAUCUAAUGAAGGAAAGCAGUGAAGAAGAUGCUCUGAUUCUUGAUAGUACAGUGGAAGAAUGUACAAAAGAAUCUGAUUUUGUUCUUGGAUGUGAAGAGGACGAGGAAAAAGCAAAUUUGGAGAUACAAAAUGAUAAAAUUGACAGUGUUGGAAUCGAGCCAGCUUCCUUAGAGCCAACAAAGCUGAAUGGCAAAGAAUCAGAUUUGAUCCUGGGCGGCGAAGAGAAGGAAGAGCUUGCUAAAGAAUCAAAUGAAAUUAUUGUUAUGGAAGAGCUGCAAUUGACCACAGAGAAUGCUAAUGGUGAUGUGGUGCAUGAAGAAGACAGUAUACAAAAAGUGAAGAAUACGGAAGUUAUUCCCAAGAAGAAAAAAGGAAAAUUGAUUAAAAAAAAGGUCUUAAAAAAGAAGACAGCUUUCAAUGCUAUGAAUAAAGUGAUUGAUGCAAAUAAUGGAGAACCUUCAACCAAGGAGAAUUGUCAAACAGUGGUAGAGUUGAAUGACAAAGUAAACGGUGAUGAUAAUGAAGUGGCGCAUGAAGAUGCAAAACAAGAGGUAAAAAAUGCAGAACAAACAGACAAGAUUGUGGAUAAGAAAAUAGGCAAGAUGAGGAAAAGAGGCUUAAAGGAUAAGUUAGCUUUGACCAACAAGGGUUCGAAUGACCAAGAGGCUUCAAACAAAGUUGCAUGUGAGAAGGCUGAACAAACAGGCCAAAUUGUGGUAAAGAAUGCAGAACAAACAGACAAAAUUGUGGAGAAGAAAAUGGGCAAGAUGAAGAAAAGAGGCUUAAAGAAUAAGAUAGGACUGAAGGGUGUAAACGAAGUAAUCAGCAAGAGCACAAAUGACCAAGGGGCUUCAAACAAAAUUGCAUCUGAGAGGACUAAGGUCGCAGGGAUGAUAUUUAUGUGUAGUUCUAAGACGAAAAACGAUUGCUACCAUUACAAAGUUUUUGGUUUGCCUUCUAGCAAGAGAGAUGUUGUUCUAGAGAUUCGUGAAGGGAUGAAGCUAUUCUUGUUUGAUGUUGAGUUGAAAGAGUUGCAUGGCAUUUACAAAGCUGCAGGUCCUGGGGGUUACAACAUUGAACCCAAGGCUUUCAAGUCUGCUUUUCCUUCUCAGGUCCGGUUCAAUGUUUAUGAAGACUGCUUGCCGGUGCCAGAGGGGAAGUUUAAAAAGGUCAUUAAGGAUAAUUACUACAAGAACAACAAGUUCCAUAAUCAAUUAACAGUAAAACAGGUGAAUAAUCUUUGCAAACUUUUUCAAUCUGCUAGCAAAGGCUCCAAACUGAAAGUGUCUUCCAGAGAUCUUGGAGCACGAACACAUAAAUCAAUUCCUCGUGAAUCACAUAAGGCUGGAAGGGAUGCUGGGUCAGCAAGGAGUAGAAAGCAGCGCCGGGGAGUAGAGAGCCGCACAUUUGAAGAUGAGAAGAGGAGCAGAAAGCGGCGUCGGGUAGCUGAGAACUACGGAUUUCAAGAUCCGGGAAGGAGUAGAAAGCAACACCGUGGAGUGGAAAAUCGCACAUUUGAAAAUCGGGACUGGACUGCGGAGCGAUACCGCGAUGCAUAUGAAAGGAAAAUUUAUGCGUCUCCUGCCAUUCCCGCCACUUCUCGUCCAGCUUUGCCGCCGCCGCCUUUGGCUCUGACAUUCCCUCCGCGAUCAUAUGCUUACAAAAGGACCUUAGAAAGUGAUGCUUAUAGAAGGGAUCUACCCGUCGAGCAGCCGGAGAGACGAUUUAGAGAUCUGGAGUAUGAUUAUGGAAGGCCUUCAGAAAGUAACCCUUAUAGAAGGGAUCUGCUCGAUGAGCAGCAGGACAGACGGUUUAGGGAUCCGGAGAUUAGGCAUCAAGGGCAUAUUGAACUAGGGAGGAACAGAUUGAACGAGCAUCGCGAUGCACAGUUUCUAGACUCGGAAUUAAGGCAACGCAGGGAGAUUGAAUACCGUGAACCACGUGUGUACAGUGACCGUCAUUUGUACCAUAAUCUCUCAUAUUCGCCUGCCCCGCAAUCUGAAUACCUUCUUCAUCCGAGGACAUCACUUCAUUAUGCGGCUACGCCGCAUGAUACAGGCCGACAUGACCAGUAUGGUUCUUAUAGGUCCCGGUAUUAAACUUUUUUUUUACAUGAGCAUCGAGCAGUUGAAAUGUCGAAGUUUACUGAUCAUCCCGGGAAUUCAGAACAAUGUUUAUUCAUUUCAUAUGGAUGCUUGUUUGUAUUUGCUUCAAAGUUAACGUGUUAAUAAGAUAUUUAACAGUUUAGAUGCUUA